UGGUAUUUGUCACUCAAUAGCUGUCAUUCGGUCGCGUUUUACUCUCUCGAAGCAUAAAAUAAUCUUAAAAUUAAACGUAAAUCAAUUGAUUAUGAAAUGUUUUUGUGUAAAAAAGUGAACAACUAUAACAAUAUAUCAUCGUGUAGUGUAAGUUACUGUGAUAUUCAUUCAAAUUCCAUGUAAAAAGUUGAGACAUCAAUAUGACUACCACAACUGUACAAAACCCGACAAAAACAACCAACGCUACACCAGCAAAGUCUCAGAAGAAUUAUGGAAAGAUAGUGUUGACGUUACACAAUUGCUUACUUCCUGAAUCCACUUUCAAAGAAACUCCGUCACAAGCCGAUGGCUUGGACAUUGAGACUGAGACUGACCUACGUAUUCUCGGCUGUGAAAUGAUACAAACAGCAGGAAUAUUAUUAAAACUACCUCAAGUUGCCAUGGCCACUGGUCAAAUGUACUUACAAAGAUUCUAUUACUCCAAAUCUUUUGUAAGAUAUCCCAUGGAGACAACUGCCAUGGGUAGCAUUUAUUUAGCGUCCAAGGUUGAAGAGAAACCUUGUAGAAUACGUGACGUCAUCAAUGUAUUCCACCAUAUCAAACAAGUGAGAGCCCAGAAGCCAAUUUCGCCUUUAAUAGUUGAUCAAAAUUACAUUGAACUUAAAAAUCAGGUAAUUAAAGCUGAGCGGCGUAUUUUAAAAGAAUUAGGAUUUUGUGUGCAUGUGAAACACCCACACAAGCUUAUUGUAGUCUAUCUGCAGCUAUUACAGUAUGAGAAGAAUAAGCAGUUAAUGCAAAUGGCUUGGAAUUAUAUGAAUGAUGCUUUAAGGACUGAUGUUUUUAUGAGAUUUCCUCCUGAGACGAUCGCUUGUGCGUGCAUCUAUUUAACGUCUCGUAAAAUUGGGUUACCAUUACCCAACAAUCCACACUGGUUCCUCCUAUUUAAGGUGACCGAAGAAGACAUAAGAGAUGUGUGCCAAAAGAUUUUAAAUCUUUACAAAAGAUCUAAAGUCAAUCCUGAAGAGUUAGAUGGUAAGGUUGAUGGUUUGAGAAAGAUCUAUCAAGCAAACAAAUAUAUACAGGCUCAAAAGGAACGUGAAGCUAAAAUUGAAGAGAAAAAAGCUGAAUCUCCCACAGCCUCCACAUCAAAAGAUUCUAAGCGUGAUUCAAAGAAAGAUAAAUCUCCAAAAACUCCACCAUUAUCAUCUAAGUAUCAUGGUAGUCAUAAGAAAAGAGAACGAAGAUCUCGUUCUCCAUAUGAUAGAAAAAGGGAUUAUUCAAAUAAAAGACAUAAAUCUAGGUCUAGGGAUAGAGAAAUCGAUAGGUUAAGAGAGAGGAGAUCUGACGAUAAGAGAAGUCGUGUAUCAUCCAGGAAGUAUGACGAUUAUGAUAGAUCGAAGGCAAGAGAUAGAGAUGACAAAAGGAAACAUUAAAUGUUAUUUUUAAGACUUGAAUAAUAUUACAAUAAAGUAUCUUUUAACUGUA